GUGAAACAAAAAAAAAAGAAUCAUUUGGAUAAAUUUUUAACUCAUGAAAGUGUCCAUUCGCUAAGUGAUGAACUAAUUUAUUUGUGCUAAAUACGCAAAUGGAUUCAUCAGUGAUGGCAUAAAUUUUCUCUCCAUAAUAAUCGUCAUAAGAUUUUUAUUCAUUCAUAAAAGCAACAUUGGACAAAUAUUUUAUCACGCUAUAAACAUCCCAGACAGAUUUAAUCUUUCAUCUCUUCUCACCUACCCUCUUUCUACUUCACUCACACGUUUUGUUUGAAAGAUUUAGCGAAAAAUGGAAAUGAACACAUAUCGUGAAGAACGAAGAUAUUCAGUGCCACAUGGACCUUUACCGCCUGCCAGUGAAGAUUUACAUGCGUGGUCGAUAUACAGGCAAAACUUAAACUCAGAUUUUACGGAUUCAGCAUUAGGCAGUUCCGAUAAAUCACCCCUGCCAUACGGAAAUUUCAAGCUCCGUGAUACUACAGUACAUUCAAUCCUCAAUCAUCCACGUUAUGGACCCAAAUCACCUUUGGGAUCAAAUAUGUACACAUAUUUAAAAUUUGGAUUACCUCGAGUAUUCCCUCCAAAUGGAUCUCAACGUUCACAAAGAAAUGCACCACAUCAACGAAGUCGAGGGAGAAUUAAUCGAGGAUUUAAUAGAGAUAGUGGUGGUGUUUCGUCUGGUUAUGAUAGUAGUGAUAAUGAGACGACAAGAGGACGAUUGCCACCAAAUUUAAGAAAAUAUCGAAGCGAAUCGGAUUUUCGUACAAUUAAUAUGAUGCAACAUUCCAGACCUGGUUCAAGAGCACAAAAUAAUAUACCAGUCACAGCAUUAAAGCAACCAAACAGUAGAGCAAGUAUAGCCGGAACACAAAUCAAUCAAUACAAUGGAACAUCACGAUACAGCCAUAAUCGAUCACACAGCGAAGCUGAUUUGCUUGGAGGCGAACGAGAAAUGGUUUAUGAAUACGAUUCAAGAGUCUAUGGCGAGACGAGAGAUCCACGCAUGAGAAUGGAUCAAUAUUCUGCAAUAUCUCGUCGCCAUUCUUCAACACUAAUAUAUCCAAAUAUACAAAUUCAUUGUCUUGACGUUGACGAGAUUCGUGGAGUCUCAUUGCAGGCUAAAGCAGGAGAUUUGUUUGCAAUUAUGGCCACAUCAAGUAGGGAGGGUACUGCGCUUAUAGAGACAAUUGCUGGUUUGAAAGAAAGGUUAGGCGGUGAAAUUCUUAUAAAUGGGCAACAAGUUUCGAGAGGAAUGUUAAGACAAUUAUGUGGUUAUGUGCCAGCAUUAGAAGCUGCAUCUCUUGACCCCCGAAUGAGCGUUCAAAAUACACUUUCGUAUCAUGCUGUAUUGAAAGGUCCCUUGGAUAACAGUGAUAUAAAAGAACGGAUUGAUAUUUUGGUUGAAGAUCUAGGUCUUACAGCAGUUCGUUCAUCAGCGAUAUCACGAUUAACUCAUUCUGAAAAGCAGCGAUUAAAUGUUGCGUGUCAACUGCUUACACAAUGUUCCGUUUUGGUUCUUGAUCAGACAACAAAUAAUAUGGACAUUUUUGAUACAUUCUUUCUUGUAGAAUACUUAAGGCAAUGGUGUAGUUCUAGAAUUUGUAUAAUGACUCUUCAACCGCCAACAUUUGAAAUUCUGUCAAUGUGCUCAGGUGUAUUACUUCUAUCCGGUGGAAGAACAAUAUUUAGUGGAAAUCGAGGUGAUCUUCCACGUCAUAUGUCUCAGUUAGGAUAUCCAUGUCCGCCAUUUAAAAAUCCAGCUGAUUACUACUUGGAUUUAGUAACACUAGACGAUUUAUCUGCUGCUGCACUACUUGAGUCAUCAGCACGAAUUGAAUCAUUAGCAAAUGCAUGGGAUCGCAUGAAUUCAGAGCCUCCUUUAGCGGCUCCAUUAGCCAGUUUACCUGAUCCAGCACGAUCGGCAGGAUUUUUUGGACAGCUUAUAACACUAGUUAAUCGCUAUUUAUUUUAUAAGCAGCCAGGAUCACUUCUAACAUGGAUAAGUCGUCUUAUUCUUGCAGCAGUUCUAUCACUUUGUAUUGGAGGAAUUUUUUGGGAUAUUCCAUCAUCAGAUCCACUACUAGUCUAUAAUGACAGAUUAGGAUAUCAUCAUACAAUGAUGGCAAUAGCUUUUUGGCCAAUUAUUCUUUUAUUUAUCAGAGAUGUGCAAAAUGAUAGAAAAUCUGCCGAGAAAGAUAUUUAUUUACAGAUGUAUGGUCGUACUGUAUAUAUCAUCAUUCAAUCAUUCUUAAGUGUAUUGCCAAAUAUUUGCAUUUGGCUUGCUUAUUUAUUGCCAGCUCACAGUAUGGCUGGUUUAUAUACUUCAAACAAUGAUAUCGGCAUUUAUAUAUACUUGGGUUAUAUGGUUCUAUAUCUAAUGGUCGUGCAAACAAUUGCUCUAUUUUCAUCACAUUUCUUGAUGCCACACAAAGUGUUUGCAUCAUUAUUGACAGCAGUGGUGCUACUCGUCAUAAAUUUAUCAGUUGGUGGCUAUAUAGUUCAUCCUGCAAACAUUCCAGACUUUGUAAAAUGGCUAGAGUAUGCAUCACCUCAAAAAUGGGUCACUCCAAUAUUCACAAAGGAUGAAUACAGCGAUGAAGCAAUCGCAAAUUCUGGAGCAAUGCAGUUAUGCAGAAACAAACAUGUUCAAAAACAAGAGAUUAUUGUGCAACAGCCGUGUAAAAUUAAUGGUACUGAAAUUCUCACAGAUUUUAAAUUACAACCGUAUCAACAUGUGCUUGAUGGAUCGGAUAUCUAUCAUUCAACGCUAAUUGGAUUAAUUGCAACAUGUGUGGGAUUUUUCUUAUUAACAGCCAUCUUAUUUAUGGCAAACACAAGUCGAAUUUUCAAGAGUAAAAGUAGAAGAAGAUAAAAAAUUUGUAAAAUAAUUUUUAAUGUAUUAAGAAAAAUUUAUUCAUACUCAGAUCACUGUUAAAGUUUUAGACUUAAUAAAAUCUUAAAUUAACUCUUACGUAAUAAAAUUAUUAACAAAUUUUUAAAGGUAAAAAAAAAGUUUGAAGUUCUGAACAAACGUAUAAUA